AUGCCCACCUGUUCUGUGGCUUCUGCUACUUAUGAGAGGUCGACUGGAUACCAUACCAUUGUAAUUUCACCGCCAGUCGUUCCUUCGCCAUAUAACUCCAAAAAUGCCGGUCGCAAAAAAACAAAUCCGGUGUGGAACUUUUUUGUCGAUUUAAAAACAAAAGGAUUGAGUGGCGUUCGCUGUCGCUAUUGUGACUGGAUAACAAAUGAUCGUAGCCCAACAACGCUGAAAUUCCACCUGAAACGAAAGCAUGACACCGGCUUGGGUGGUAUCUGGAAUAUUGUUGAGGAACGAAUUGGUAUCAAUCAGCCGCAGAAUCGUCCUCGUCCCGUUAUCUGUAAAAAUAUAUUGAUGCGAUAUUUUGUUCCGCAACGGAACAGGAUAGUAUGCGAUUUUGCUAAAACAUUUGGAAUGAAAAUAUUCACAUCCGGUAGAUUCUGGACAGUGUCCCCGUGGUACUCGCAAAAUAAUGAAGAACGACUUUUGGAGCAGCAGUGGGUCAACGAGCGAGAAACACGCAUGUUGGUUGAUUAG